GACGACGGUGCACUUCACACUUCCGGUGCUUGUUUCCUUGAUGGUUGAAAAUGAGGUUAGCGUUUGUGUAAAGCAGGUUUUUAUGGCUUAAAUGGCAGUGUGGUUUAAUUUAGACACACGGUUUGGUGUAACAAGAGUUCUUAGUAUUUAAUAUCACAUUUCAACUCCCUUCAGUAUACUAUGUUUAAAAAGAUGACUGAAUUUGGUCCAGAUUCCGGGGGACGAGUUAAGGGGCUGACUAUUGUGAAGCCCAUAGUGUUUGGGAAUGUCGCCCGCUACUUUGGGAAGAAGAGAGAGGAGGACGGACACACACACCAGUGGUCUGUCUAUGUGAAGCCUUACAGGAACGAGGACAUGUCCGCUUACGUAAAGAAGAUCCAGUUUAAACUACAUGAGAGUUAUGGCAACCCACUGAGAGUGGUGACAAAACCUCCGUAUGAGAUUACAGAGACUGGCUGGGGGGAGUUUGAGAUCAUCAUCAAGAUCUUCUUUAUUGAUCCUAAUGAGAGACCAGUGACUCUGUACCAUCUGUUGAAGCUGUUUCAGUCUGACUCUAGUGCCAUGCCCAAGAAAACAGUUGUGUCUGAAUUCUAUGAUGAAAUGAUCUUCCAGGAUCCUACAGCCAUGAUGCAGCAACUAUUAACGACAUCAAGACAACUCACCCUUGGAGCAUACAAGCAUGAAACAGAAUUUGGUGAUCUGGAGCAGAAAACCAAGGAAAAGAUGGAAGCAGCAAAGAAAAGAACCAGUCAGGAGAUUGCAGAGCUCAAAGACAAACUCAAAGCGAGCAGAGAAACCAUCAAUCACCUGAAGACUGAGAUCAGGAAACUGGAGGAGGACGGAGACCACAAGGAGCACUGAGGAAUGGACAGACAUAAACAGAUGGGAUUGUUUGGCAGGGCAGUCUGACCUCAUCCCUGUUGUCUCGUGUGGGAUGUUUUUUUUUUAAGUAGCAGUCCUAAAGAAGUGUUCAUGGUUCUUAUAGUUAAAAGGUAAUUAUACCAUAGAUCCUAUUAUUUUCUAAUUUGUUUAUAUUUAAGUUUAUAUCUACGAUUUUGGAUUAUAGAAGACUGGUGGUAACAGCCAAUUUACUGUGAAUAUCUUUCUAUCAUUUAUACCAAUCCCAAUGACUUUUUACAAUUGUAAAUUAAAUGUUUACAGUAUUUUUGCA